AUCCAUCCAUCCCCCAAUUUGAUGUGUGAUGAGUAUUUGUGGAGUGCAUUGGGAGUUCAUUGUACCCAAAUCACACAAUCCAAAAUCACUUGGCCAUGUUUCUCACGCAUUUACAUUUACCUCCCAAUAUCCCAUUUCCAAGGAUAAUUUUGUUAUCAGAGCUUCUGCUGCUUCAGCUCCCCCAUUUGGUGGUGAUUAUUCAGAGAAACCAACACAAAAAGCAAGAAGAAUUGCUGGAAUUGAUCAGGAUGAGAUAGAGGAUCCAACUAGUUUGGCUGAUUCCGAUAGUUGUUUCUGCACAUUUAAUGGGGUGCAAAUACACCACAAGAUCUGUGAUUCAGAAGAUACUUUGCAGGAAGGAUUGGCUCCACAUUCCUCUAACUAUACGAAAAGGCUUACUUAUCCUAUGAUUUUGUUGCACGGCUUUGGGGCCUCCGUCUAUUCCUGGAGCCAAGUCAUGAAACCUUUGGCAAAGCUAACUGCUUCUAAAGUUCUUGCAUUUGAUAGACCGGCCUUUGGAUUGACCUCAAGAGUGGCUCCCUCAUCUGCACCCUUGAAUCCAUACUCAAUCAUGUUCUCUGUGUUAGCAACAAAGUACUUCAUCGACUUCUUGGCUGCAGAUAAGGCCAUCCUCGUGGGGCACUCUGCUGGUGCACUUGUAGCUCUAAACACUUAUUUUGAGGCGCCCGAGCGUGUGGCUGCUCUAAUCCUUGUCGCUCCAGCAAUACUUGCACCUUUUGCUAUGAAGAGUGCUGUCAAAGAAAAUCAAAAGGGAACUGAUGAUCAGAAUCAGGGAAUAAGCUCAGAGUCGAAUAUGAAGCGCAAUUUUCUUUUCAGGCUUGGCAGAGUGUUAUCAGGGCUCACUAAGUAUAUAAUAGAGGCAAUAAUGCAUGUCAUAAAAGGGAUGGGAGGCAUGAUAAACUCUCUCUAUCAGAAAGCUCUUUCGGCAAUCUUGCGCUCUGCAUUUGGUGUAACUUUGAUUAGGAUGAUAAUUGAUAAAUUUGGCACACAAGCUGUUCGCUCUGCGUGGUAUGAUUCAAAACAAGUGUCUGAUGAUGUCUUACAAGGCUAUACAAAACCGUUAAGGGUGAAAGGCUGGGACAGGGCGCUUGUGGAAUACACAGUGGCGAUGCUGACAGAUUCCAUGUCCAACUCAAACAACAAGAGGCUCAGCGAAAUCUCGUGCCCAGUUUUGAUUGUAACGGGCGAUGAGGAUAAGCUUGUCCCAUCGUGGAACUCCGAAAGGCUCUCACGAGCUAUACCAGGAUCUACCUUCGAAUUAAUCAAGAACUGUGGCCACUUGCCCCAAGAAGAAAAGGCGGAAGAAUUUCUGUCUAUCGUAGAUAAAUUCGUGCAACGAGUCUUUGGCGAGGCUCGUCUGCAAGCAGCGACCUAGAGGUUGGAAUUCAUUCAACUAUAUAUCUAUGGUCUUUAAUUAUAGUAGGAGUGCUUGAUUCUUACUUGUUACUGCUAGUAUUGAAUGAAGUUCAUAUAAUCUUGUCA